UUCGGUCAAAUUGGUAUGUAUCCAAACCUGCCCCACGCUCAGAAAGUUGGGGAAGGACCAUCACAAGGGCGAAGAGCAGAUGGGGGUCAGCCUCAGCACGCUCUGCCACCACAAGGUAAUCAAGUUCAUAACCAAUUUCAGGGACAAGGACAUGGCCAAGGAUACGAUGAGGGUAGAAAUGGAGGAAGAGGAAAUAGCCAUGGAGGAAGAGGAUUCGGAGGAAGAGGAAAUGGUGGACAAGGUAGAUCAGCAUGUGCUGACGAUGGGGAGAGUGCACUAUCUUGUCAACUCACUCCUGCAAGUUCAGACUGAGAAUGAAGGAGAGAUAGUAAAGGCAGACGAGAUAGUGCUGGAGGAUGAUCUCGAGUUUGAUGAAGAGAUGAAAGGAGAAGAGUUUGAACAAGGUGAGAUCUCAAAAGAUUUCCGGGAAGAGGAAUAUGACGGAUUUCACCUAGAAAUGCGACUUCUUCUCUCCAGGGAUAAGCGAGAAAGGGAUGUUAGUGAAAAAAAUCUUCGUAUGAGAGAUCACUACAUACUGAGGGGAGACCAUCUCUUCAUCAGGGAUAAAAGAGGACCUCCCAGGAGAGUCAUUUGUGACAGGAAUCGGCAAAUCGAUGUCAUCGCAGCUCUUCAUGACGGACCUGUAGGUGGUCACAAGGAUUUUGUCACUACCAUCAAGAAGGUGACCGAACUGUACUUUUUGGAGGGUAUGUACGGGAUGAUUCGAAAGUACUGCAAGUCGUGCGUCCAUUGCCAAAUCAGGUCACCAAUCAGAUACAAGGAACCUCCACAUCCAAGGUAUAUGAAGGAUGUAGGGGCAGUGAUCCACCUGGAUCUCCUAGCAAUGAUAUUGGGACUUGAAAGUUAUAAUUAUAUCUUUGAUGUCCAAGAUAAUCUUACAGGAUUUGUUGAUGGAAAGGUCAUCCGGACCAAGACUGGAGCAGUCUUGACCGAAUGCAUCAAAGAGUAUUACCUCCGAUAUCCUUUGGUGGUGGAGUUUACAAUGGACAGGGGAUCUGAGUUUACGUGUAGAGAAGUGAAGGAACUGCUGGACGAUCUUGGAGUUAUUGCCAAGUAUACGACCAGGGUACAUCCUCAGGCAAAUGCACCUGUUGAAAGGAGACACAGUACUAUCACUAAUUUGCUGGCAAAGUGGACAGUUGGGAAGCCAACCCUGUGGCCGAAGUUCCUGCGAACAGUGUUCUUUGUCGAGAACAUCACGGUCACGAAAACCACAGGUUAUGCCCCUGCAACCUUGUGGGAAGAUUGUGAAUGGUUCCAUGAAGGGGAAGCUGAAGUGGCCGAUAAGUUGGAAAAGAUGGAGGAAGGAAAGAGAAGGGAAUUGGAGAUCCCCAUUCAGAAACUCCAAGACAGGAUAAGGGAGAAGACAGAAUUGCUCACGCAAGGGGUGGCAAGCCAUGUUCCUGAAAUUUUGAAGGAGAUUCAAAGAUUAAGAGCAAGGGAAGAGAAAAAGGAUAUGCAGUGGACAAGAAUGGAGAAGGAAGUGGAAAGUUUGAAAGCUGAGAUAGAAAAGACAAAGAUUGAACGGGGGAAGUUGGAAGUGAAGGUGGAGGCACUAAGCACAACCCUUGACAACAAGAGUAAGGAGGUGGAGACAGGGAAAAUGAAAAGAAAAAGGUUGGAAAGAGAAGAUGGUAAGUUAGAGGCAAAAGUCAGUGAGCAAGGUAAGGUGAUUGAGUCGGAAAAGAGUGAAAGGAAGUAGGAGAGUGAGAAAUGGGAAAAGAAAUGGAAAGAGGUGGAAGAGACAUUGAAAAAAUCCAAAGUGGACAUUCAGGAGAAGGUCGAAGCAAGAGACAUUAAAAAGGUUGAAGACAGAGAGGAAAAUCCAAGGCAGAAAAGAGAAAUGGGGGAACUUAGUGAUAAAAAAGAUAAAGGACUCAGAGUAAU